CUAGAAAGGGAUGUGUUUUGUGAGUCUUUAUGAGAGAGUUUAGCUUCUCCCACAAAAACAAAUGGAAAGUGAGUGAUAUGAGCGAAAGCUCUCUGACAAAAAAGCUCUCUGACAAAAAAAGAGUAGACACAACAUCCCACAAAAGAGAAUUUCUCUGUUUCUUGUUCUGGCCUAAGGGCUGCAUCGGAUGAACAUGAGUCAGGAAGGAGGAUGAAGCCUUGGACAACAGAAGAAAUAAAGCAUUUACUCAUGGGAAAGUUUAGCCAUGCUGUGACCAUCUUGGCUUGGACAUGUCUAUCUCAGAUUCCACUGGUGGAACUUCAGGGGAGCUGCACAAAUGCUGACCGCUGCUCAGAUGCAAACGUGAUUCACCUCUGGUACAUCUGGCUUGCGGUGGCAAUUGGUGGGCUGCUCUUCCUCUGCGGCGUGGCCUCCAUUUGUGUGAAAUGCUGCUGUCUUAACUGCCAGUCAGAUGGGGAUGACAACAGAGCCCGCCCCUACGAGGUGACUGUCAUUGCAUUCGAUCACGACAGCAGCACCCUUCAAAGCACCGUCACCUCCUUGCAUUCAGUGUUUGGGCCAGCAGCACGGCGGAUACUUGCCGUGGCUCAUUCCCACAGUGCAGUACAGGCAGCACAUCCCUUUGCGGCAAGUGAGACACCACCCAUUUAUGAGGAGGCCCUACGCAUGAGUAGAUUCACCGUGGCCAGAAGCAGAGAGAGUACACCAGAUCUGGAGCCGGUGGCUGAGGAACAGCAGCCGGGGACCAAAGCUCCAGAAGCGAAUUGCCCCUGAGGCCAGCCGUGCUCCUGAGCCAGACAUCAUCAAGGACAGCACACUUCAUGACCUGGCAGAGACUCUGAAAUUCAUUCCAAGCUGGUGCAAAUCUAGUCAGGUGGUUGUAUUUUUGAUUUAAGAGACAGAAGAUCUCUCCCUAUUUUUCUCUAAUCAAAGAUUCCUGAGAGCACUUGCCUAGAAAGAGCCAACUGCUGUGACUCUGCACAAUUACUUCACCUGGACUGGUUCUAGACAGUCUUCACAGGGGUCUUUGCAUUGGGAGUCAGUCAGUCCCAGCACAGCUAUCAACAGGAGGCUGCAUAUUGCAUCUCUG